AUGGCUUCCGCCGGGAAGCCUGCUCUGGACGAUUCCCGUCGUGGGACGGGAUCUCCAAAGCUGAAGGCACGAGAGAAUGCGAAAGACACCUUAUGUCGCAAUGUAACCAUCUACGGUCGAUGUCGAUAUGAAGAUAAAGGUUGCGCUUUCAAUCACGACCCGCAUCGAGGCAACCCGGCAUAUCAGUCGGACAGCAAUAGAAAGCGCUUCAAUGUCGACUCCCCAAGCUUCACCCCCUCUUCACUGUCUGCCAAUGGCUCGCCUGCGUCAUCAGCAAAGAAAUUGGCCACCAUAUCUCCGAAAGCUGCAAAUGCGGCUCCGUUCCAACCUCGGGGUGCUAUAUCACGAUCAAACUCUAGUACUCCAACUACUCGACAGGAAACAGCGACUCCUGACUGGGCUGUAUCAGAAAUUCCAGAGUUCUUUCCCCAGGGAUUUGACGCUUCUCAUUUGGCUUCUCUCCAAGGAAAUGGCAAUGGCAUUGCGGCCACCAGUGCUUUCGAUCCUUUUGUGACAGCUUCGACCCCUCUUUCUGCUGCCGCCGCUGUUAGCUCCGUUCAAGCAAACCCUUAUUCGCACGAUAGCACCGCUGCCGCACUGAGCGGGGCCACCUUUUUUGCAAGCCAGAGCGGUUUCCAACAGCCGGUUCAAUAUCAUCUCUACGCACCUAUUGGACCCCACAGUCAGAACACUCUGGGGUACCAACGCAACGUCCACGACCUUUUCCUCCCCAAUGAUCUUCGAGAAGAUUUGCAAAAGAAAGCUGCCGCUACGCUACAGACCUUGCCCAACACCCAGCUGCCGGCCCAAGUCGAUUACUUCCAUUCCCUUGUUCCUUUGGAUUUGAAUCAUCAGAAGAACGCAACUAUUUUCGGCUAUCCUAGUUGGGUAUACAAAGCACAGUCUAAUAAGGAUGGAAACUUUUAUGCACUUCGGAGACUGGAAGGCUUUCGUUUGACAAAUGAAAAGGCCAUCCGAUCCGUCCAGGCUUGGAAACGGGUGUGUAAUGGCAGUGUUGUGACUGUUCAUGAUGCUUUUACGAGCAGAAGCUUCCAAGAUAGUUCAUUGAUUUUUGUCACUGACUACCACCCACUUGCGAAAACACUUGCUGAACAACACCUUGGUGCUGGGAAUAGAUUCCAAGUCCGACACAAUGUGCACAUUUCCGAGCAAGUUCUCUGGGGUUACAUGACCCAGAUCGCGAAUGCUCUUAAGGCCAUUCACAGCAAUGGUCUUGCGGCAAGAAUUAUAGACCCCAGUAAAAUUCUGUUGACUGGAAAGAACCGCAUUCGCUUGAAUGCUUGUGCCAUUAUGGAUGUCGUUCAGUUUGAUACGCAGCGGUCAGUUGCCGACCUUCAACGCCAGGAUUUGGUCAAUUUUGGGCAACUGAUCGUUACUCUUGGUUCCAAUUCGCCGAAUGUCAUGCAUAACCCCACAAAGUCCAUGGAGCAUUUUACGCGUGCCUACAGUCCUCAAUUGAAGAAUUCUGUCUUUUGGCUGCUCAGUGGGUUGCAGAAGGACCAAGAAAGAAACAUUGACAUCUUCAUCACCGGCAUAUCGUCACAGCUGAUGUCAACUUUCGAUUCGGCCUUGCAUUUGGAUGAUCAACUCACAUCAGAUUUGAGUCGCGAACUCGAAAAUGGCCGCCUCGUGCGAUUGAUGGCAAAACUCAACCUUGUCAAUGAACGGCCAGAAUACGAACACGAUAGGCAAUGGUCCGAAAACGGCGAGCGAUAUUUCUUGAAGAUCUUCCGGGAUUACGUAUUUCACCAAGUGGACACACAAGGUGAUCCCGUAGUGGACUUGGGUCAUAUACUUGCAUGUUUGAACAAGUUGGACGCCGGAACAGACGAGAAGAUCACUUUAGUGAGUCGAGAUGAGCAGAGCUGUUUUGUUGUCAGCUACAAAGAGCUCAAGAAGGCACUCGAAUCAUCCUUCCAGGCGUUGCUGAAGCCCGCAAGAAGGCUUCACUGAGCCACCUUUCUCAUAUGCCCUUUUUGUGGAGAAGGGCGUUCAGCCUCAUGGCUUAACGAUGAAUGACAGAACUUAUAUAUGUCGAAGGAAUAAGAGAUGAUUAUGAGUCGGUAAAAACAUGGGCAGACGGGCGCUGUCUACUGGGAACAUGAAAUUGUUGAAUUUUAAGGUGUCUUCUUUUGACUUGCGAACAUCUCAAAAGAAAGUGUUCGCAAAAAGAGAUUGUGUCUCUGCCAUCAAGUUGUCUUUUAUCCGUGACCAGUGAUUUUCUGAAGUCACGUCAACAUUUGUGGAUUUGUGCCAUGCCACAGAACAGAAUGAGCAUACGAUGUGUUGUGUGCACUUGACAGAUUUUUUGCCUCUGAUAUACAGAAAAGAUACAGAAAUUAUUGAUUAGAAAUAUAUCCAUGCUAUUCAAAUGAGCUGCUUGUGGAUCGUAGCAGGAAACCACAAAUGCCUAGGUAUUGA